UAAUAACACAACAAGGGGUCCUAAAGCCUCGUCCGCACAACACAGUCAGUCCUUCACCCUCUGACACUCGCCCCACGCUCCUGUUGGGACCUCUCUCCAGGUCUCUUUCUUCAUCCCUUCAUCAGAUCUUCAGAUAAUCAGAUUUUGCUGUUGCACACCUGAACGCGCCCAAUCAUGUCAGACAACGAGGAAGUGGUGGAGGAGUAUGAGGAGGAGGUGGAAGAAGAGGAGGCCGCUGAAGCAGGGGAUCAGGGGUUAUAUGAGGAGGUGGAGCAGGAGGAGGAGGAGGAGGAGGAAGAGGAAGAGGCUCCACAGGACGAAGACAAACCUGCUGCAGACGAGGAGGCCGACGAAGAGCAAGAUGGAGAAGGGGAGGCAGAGGAGGGAGAAGAGGAGGAGGAGGCCAAACCGAAAUUCAAGCCAUUUAUCAUGCCAAACCUUAUUCCCCCUAAGAUCCCAGAUGGAGAGAAGGUUGAUUUUGAUGAUAUACAUCGCAAGAGAAUGGAGAAGGACCUGAUGGAGCUUCAAACUUUAAUCGAGGUUCACUUUGAAAGCAGAAAGAAGGAAGAAGAGGAACUCAUUCAGCUCAAAGAAAGGAUCGAGAAGCGUCGCUCUGAGCGAGCCGAGCAGCACAGAAUCCGCAGUGAGCGAGAGAAAGAGCGACAGAAGCGUCUUGAGGACGAAAGAAUUCGCAAGGAGGAAGAGGAGGCCAAAAAGAGGGCAGAGGAUGAUGCAAAGAAAAAGAAAACCCUCACCAGCCUCCACUUUGGAGGAUACAUGCAAAAGUUGACGGACAAACGGAGUGGCAAGAGGCAGACAGAGAGAGAAAAGAAGAAGAAGAUCCUGAGUGAACGACGCAAAUCACUGGACAUCGAGAACAUGAGUCAGGAAAGACUCAAGGAGAAAGCUAAGGAGCUGUGUGAGUGGAUCCACCAGCUGGAGGCAGAGAAGUUUGACUUGCAGUACCAAUUCACCAGACAGAAAUAUGAGAUUAAUGUGCUGAGGAAUCGUGUGAGCGACCAUCAGAAAAUGUCAAAGAGGACCAAGAGAGGACUGAGGAAAUAGACACUGAUGUGCUGACUGAGCGGCAUAAUCAUCAGCCCUGUCACGCUGCCACUGCCUCGAACCAGGCCCUGGCUUUGCUGUCACACCCAUGUCCCACCCAUUUCCUUAAGUAAUACCAUCACCUAAAGCACGAGCUGGGUCCAGUUUUCUCUUCACUUUUUUUUCAGGAUAAUAAUAUAAGUAUUUAAAAUUGUAAAUAAACAGCCUCACUUUAAUGACUUGCUUUUCUUUCACAGUGUGCAUGUGUUGCUUUGCUGGCACUCAAAAAACAAAACAAAAACAAACUCACGCAAGCCCUGAUGACAGAAAGCUUAAAGCAAAGACAUCCUCUUAGUGAAAGACAGGCUCCGACAUGACUGCAGCUGACAUGAUGCUUUCUGAGCUCACACCCAGACAUCCACCCAAUAUUCACCUAUGCACACACCCACACACAAAAUUGAAAGGGAAUGAAUAAUUUCCAUUAUACAGAUUGCAGGUGGGAAAAUCCUUCUUGUGAAAAAGAUCCUCCUUUAACUGCCUUUCAAGUGUAUCACCAUAUUUUUUUUUUUUUUCCAUUUUUGGCCACAGCGGGUUUUUUGUGACAGUGGAGAGAGACAGGAAAUGGGGGAAAGAUACAGGGGAAGACACACG